AUGAUUGGGUGAAUGCUUGCAUCCUGUGGUAAUAUUCCGGUUAUAACUUCCUUGACAGUUGAAGACAACAACUAGACCUUACUGAAAACUUCGCCAUGAACACUUCUAAGAUUUCCUGUGCAUUUGUGAUUCUUUUCACGCUGCUGAAAGGAGCGCUGUUGAUGACAUGUGGGAUUUCUAACUUUAAUGAAAGCCUGAGUAAAGAAGAAUAUAGUUCUAUCAAUAUCAACUACACCAUCAACGUUACGACAAGUCCUGAUGUUCCAGACACGUUUAACGCUCAUUAUGAGGUUUGUGAAGGAAACUCUGUGAGAACUCCAUGUAUAUUUAUUUACGAGAAAGACUUUAGCACCGAGUUUAAGACGGACUUGAGUGGGAGGACAGGAGUCACCUGCUACUGGGAACAACGACACGUGAGCAGCUCUGUGGUGGCUUUAGACAUCAACAUCUCUCAGGUCGUCACCAGGUCACUGAGUGCGAUGAUCCUCUCCACUGGCAGAGGUGGGAUACCCAAACCUACCAGACUUAUACGCGUUGAGGUGUUGUACCCACCGAAAGUCACGAGUCUGACUGUGGACGGAGGCGAUUAUGUCAUCAUCGAUGAAGGCAAGGUGGUCAAUGCCUCCUGCUUCUUUGAGAAGGGCAAUCCGCCAGCUCACUUUUAUUUGCUGGAUAAACAUGGAACUAAGCUGAAUUCCUCUAGUUCUGAAGGACACCUUAGGUCCUCUCUUACUGCCCGGUGUGAAGACGACUGGCCAGUCGUCAGGUGUGAAGGCAACGGGUCGCAACAUAAUAUGUCCGUGACAAUACUCGUCAAGUGUCGUCCUCAGUUUGUUGACAAGUCAACAAAAAUUGUUGAUCCUGCUGUUGACACUGUAACCUUUGGUGUCAAGGCUCACACCACAGCAGUCAAAGGAUGUCUCUUGACAUCAGUCUCUAUAAAACAUUACACCGAGAGGAAGUGA